GGGGAUCCCCCUCUUGUCCAACUGGUGACUGAUGAUAGCGGCUCCGUCUGCAUUAAUAGCUUUGGGUCUAUCUGGGAAACGAUGACACCGAUAAAUCUCAUUACAACCCCGGUGACUGCUGGGGCUCACUUUACUUAACAACCCUGGAAGUUUCCUUCCGUGUUGCCUAGCGUCACCCCAGCCAUAUGCUCUGUGUAUGGAAGAGUAACCUCCAACUUCGGGUUGCCCUAUGACGAUUCUCCUAAACACUGGAUUGAAUGGCCAUAUUUGUUCCUAAACUUUUCCAAGCAAAUUGGCUCAGCUCCAUCCUGGGUCCCCUUCACCCUGAACGGAACCCUUCUUCCUGGGUGGAAGUGUGAGGGAGGACCACAUCUGGUCCAGGCAUAAUGAAAGAAAUGGGCGCUAGUUCUCCAGGCUUGCUCAGAACCCUGUCUUCAGUAGCUCAGCUCCCCCCCACCUCCCAGUUAGACCAACUUCAUACACAUAAUAAAAAGACACACCCCACUUUGAAAAUCUCCCUGGAGGCUACAACAGGACCGUUGGGGCGGGAGAGCAGAGUGCAGUGCGAGCGUGUGUGUGGAGGGGGGAGGGAAGGUUGGGUAUUUGGUGUGACGAUGAAGGCUUACUUUCCUUCCUGCUCCAGCCACAGUGAGCUGGGGCCAUCAGUGAGCCAAGCUUGGCUAGACCCUUGUUUUAGGACAGAGUGGAGGUUAAGAGGACAAGCUCCUAUCUAGUCUUCGUCAGAGAGGGCCCCUGAGAACCCCAUGGUAGCCUCCUGAGAAUGAGGCAUCCCUUUCCCAGGGGCUCAGCAGGCCUUCGGGAGGGGGCAGCGGGGGGCCAUGGGUUUUGUUUGGCUGCGGUGCCGUUAGGAUUCCCAGCGCUAGGCUGCUCUCACGCCGGCCCCUUGGGCAAGGCAACAAAGCCCCUUUCUCCAGCCGAGAAAGGCGUCGGCCUCUUGUGUACAGCUAUGCGCUCCAUGGGAACCGUUGGCUGGCGUGCUGGCCACUCAGGUUGCCUGGUGAUGAGGGGGCCUCUGUGUCCUCCCCCCAACCCUGAAUGACAGCCCUCGUGGGGCACGAUCCCUGAGCCAGGGCACUCCCCCACGCCUUCGUUCAGCCUUCCUACUGUGUGAUAUUGGAUAGCAUCUAUCCCCCUCUGGGCCACCAUCGGUUCUGAGAAACUCACGUUUGGGGAUUUGGGAGCUUAGUCCAGCACAGAGGACUCAAAAACAAGUCUCAGUUUGACUAUGUGGCCUGGUGAAAAGCAUAGGGUCUUUUUGACCCUCUCUCCCUCUCAAAAGGGAAACACUGUCUUUCUAACGAGGUAGUAUAAAGCAGACUCCCAGCAGUCAUUCAGAGGAAGGGUCUCCAUUACCCAGAAAGGGCUGCAUUUGCCCCCAUGCUCACCUCCUGUGCACAUGACAGGCAAAGGCCCCCUCUUCUGUGCUAUGAGCAAGGUCCUUGGAACCUGUAGCAAAGGGCCUGCCCUCUUGUCCAGGGUGGCUACAGUCUGAUGAAAGGUGAGAGAGGCUGCAUUAGCUUCGGUUGGGUAUAAAUGGAAGGAAGGAGGGCUUCCUGGAGGAGGAUGCUCCAUCUGCUCAGAGUCCUAUGGUUUGGGAAGGGCAAUUUUGGCAUCGGGCAUGAUUGUGGGGUUGUGCAAAAACCCAGGCAGGCUUGGAGAGGUGGAGAGACUGGUCAGUGAGGGACAGGCAGAGCGCCUGGCCUCUGGCCCGCUUGCUCCUCCCCCACCUCUAAGGAGCGCGCCAGGCUGCAGGCUGCCACAGCCACAGCCACAAUGGCUGGGGCAGAACUUGGCAUCCUGUGUUUCUUUGAAUCUCGGUUCCGGGAACAAUGCAGCUUCCUGUGUCUCUCCCCCACCCCCUUGCUUGCCCUUACCAACUCUGCUGCCCCCUCUGCCCGGCCCGGCCUCUUUAGGGGAAGUUGGCAGGAUGGGGAGAGAAUGAGAGAUCUGGGUCUUCCAUAACUUAUUCCUGAGUUUGGCCGCAGGCUAGCAUUCUCUCUAGUCUCUUUACUGUAUACCAAGUUCUGAGAAGAUGGUACUCACCUCCCAGGGACACUUGGGAGAGGAGAGUCUGUCCCUAGCACUUGGCUCUGCACAGGCAAACUGUUGUGCCCAUUUUACAGAGUUUCCCGGGACUGACUGAUACCCACAGGUACCCCUGCCCCCCCCCCCUCUCCUGACUGCCUUGUAUUGGAGAGACAGCCGGCAGAAUACCCACACACCCCACACUCCGCCUCUCCGUUCUCUGGGCCUCCUUACCACCCUCCCCAACCCCCAACUGAACAAAGGUGACUUUAAUCUCCGUAGCCUUGGGCUGGGUUUUUAGGACACCAUCGAAGCGCGGGAGAACAGGCCUCUCUUGAUCUCAUUAAGAAAGCAUUUUCCUUUUAAUCCAGCAGCAGCGUCUGCACAGGCCGGCCCGCUGUACCUCCCACGGCAUUCCUGGGCUAAGAUGCUGGGGUGCAGAGGGGGGGGGAGGUGGAUGCGAGUCUGUGCGUGUGGGCUGCCCCGGGUGUCUGCAGAGACCUGGAAGGAGCGGUGCAUACUUGAAGAUGAUAUAGAUCCCACUUUUUGCUCUCCUGACGCGGGCCUCACUGGGACAUUCAUCUUCACGGACGGGGAGGAUGAAGCUUUGGCCAAGCACACAGGCAAUGUGGUACUCACCAACUGCUCUGCGGCCCACAGCCGCCAGGCGCUGUCUUGCAAGAUGGCUGUGGAGUACGACCGUUUCAUUGAGUCGGGGAAGAAGUGGUUCUGCCACGUGGACGAUGACAACUACGUCAACCUCCGGGCACUGCUGCGGCUGCUGGCCAGCUAUCCCCACACCCAAGACGUGUACAUCGGCAAGCCCAGCCUGGACAGACCCAUCCAGGCCACGGAGCGGAUCAGCGAGCACAGAGUGAGACCUGUCCACUUUUGGUUUGCCACCGGAGGAGCUGGCUUCUGCAUUAGCCGAGGACUGGCCCUAAAGAUGGGCCCAUGGGCCAGUGGGGGACACUUCAUGAGCACAGCAGAGCGCAUCCGCCUCCCGGAUGAUUGCACCAUUGGCUACAUUGUGGAGGCUCUGCUGGGCGUGCCCCUCAUCCGGAGUGGCCUCUUCCACUCGCACCUGGAGAACCUGCAGCAGGUGCCCACCACCGAGCUCCAUGAACAGGUGACCCUGAGCUAUGGCAUGUUUGAAAACAAGCGGAACGCCGUGCACAUCAAGGGACCCUUCUCAGUGGAGGCUGACCCUUCCAGGUUCCGCUCUAUCCACUGCCAUCUGUACCCGGACACACCCUGGUGUCCCCGCACUGCCAUCCUCUAGCAACCAUGGUUGAGACCCUGUCCCUGGGUGCCCCUGGUAUCCAAAGGGCCCAGGGACCCCUGUUGUAUGUCCUGGCCUUGGUGUACGAGGCUCUUCAGGGCUCUGUGUAUGUGCGUAUGUCUAUAUUUGUGUGUUUGUGUGGCGUGCCCACCCAUGUUGCAGACUGCUGGGCAGUCGUGUUCUUCAGGGAGUGGCAGGUCUGUCCCUAACUACUCUAUACUCCAAGGGCAGUUCUGUGGGAUCUGUGUUUGGAUCUCUGCAGUGGGGGUGGGCGAGAGGACUCAGGGCUCCCGUCGGGUGUCCAUGGGUACUGUCUUGUAGCACAGUCUCUUAUGUUGGGGUGCUAGUGCCUACUGGAACCUUCCCUGUCAACUGAGCUGUACCCAGUGCUAUGGAAGCUGGUUUGGUUCGUAAAAGGCCUGGGUCCCUCUGAGCUCUGGCCCAGAGGCUGCCUGUGGCCAUUCUGGUGAAUAGUGCUCCCCUCCUUGCCCUCCGGGGUGGGGGUGGUCUUCAGCCCCACCCUCUGAUCUCCUAUCUUUGUCUCCCACACCAGUGGGGUUCAGAGCUAUGAAUUUUAUCUCCUCUCCAAAGUAGAGAGAAAGUCGCCCAUAGUGGGUGUGUCUGUAAAUAUUGUGACAGUAUUUUUUUACUGUGCUGUUUCUUGAAAGGGGAGGGGUGGGUGUGAAAUGAGGGGGGGUGGUUGGUUGUUUUCUGGGAUGGGCUGGAGAGGGUCUUAUUUUAUCUUUUCUGUGGAUCAGAAAAAAGUGGAAGCCAGACAGGCUUGGUCUUUGGAAAGCUGGACCAUGAGUGCCUUAGUACUGUAUUUAUGCCUUCCAGUAUCUGGAAUCCUGCUUCCCUCCCCCACCCUCCCCAGCACCCCAAGGCUCCCCUCAUCCCGCCCCGCCCCAACCCCACUCCCACCCACCCCAUGGGCUGUAUUCUGUGUUCUUUUUGCAAAGACCUUAGCUAGGCAAGCUAACAAUGAUAAGGGAAAAGCUCUCAGGGAACUGAUGUGUUGUUGCCAUGGUGACGUCCUUCCUCUGAAUAAAGGUGUUCUUUGCAGCAA